ACAUAAACAAGACAAUAAUAUAGUGAUAAUGUCUAGUUAAUGAGUAUGGUGUAUGUAGGCCUGCAUAGGGGGCCUAUAAUAUAUACGGAUAAAAGGUCAGAUUUCUGUGGUUACUUAAAGGCUCAAACCACUCUUGUUGUAACUGAAUAAUAUGGUCCCAAUCUUCAUUCUGGUCAAAAAAUUGUAGGCCUACUAUUUUACAAUAUUCCAGUUGAUGAUACAAAUUUCAUCUUAACACACCUAAUUUAAAAAUUUGGAAAAAUUCAACUAAAUGAUUUGAAAAGCCUGACAUAAAGCUUUUCAAAUGUGACUUGGAUUUAAAAAUAUUUUUGAACCCUUUGGACAAGUAAAAUAGGAUUUAAUGGAUAAUUUACACAACAGAUGUUCGUGAAAUCAUGUCAGAAUAUUGGAAAGAUCAUGCACAGAAAUCUUCAUCCAUACAAACAAUGAUGUUGGAUUCAAAUGCUGAAGAAUUAUCAAAAGAUGAAAAACCAGAGAUUCUGUCUUACUUGCCUGAUAUUUCAGGCAAAACUGUUAUAGAACUUGGUGCAGGAAUUGGGCGAUUUACAACAAUUUUGGCAGAAAAGGCAAAACAUGUUAUUGCAGUUGAUUUUAUGGCCGAGUUUAUUGAGAAGAAUAAAAUAGCUAAUGCUCAUCUUAAAAAUAUAGAUUACAUGGUUGAGGAUGUAACAAAGAUGGAACAGCCUGAAGCUCAGAGUGAUUUAGUUUUUUCUAACUGGUUGUUUAUGUAUUUAGAAGAUGCUGAAGUUCAAAAGGUCUUUUAUAAAAUGUUGGGGUGGUUGAAAGAAGGAGGAUAUUUGUUUAUUCGGGAAUCAUGUAAUCGUCCCUCCGGGAACAUACCCAGAAAAUCUAAUCCUACAAAUUAUAGAGAUACAGAUAUGUAUGAAGCUUUUUAUUCUUCUGUUAGUAUCCCAUGUGAUGAAAAUCAUUCUUAUGGUUUUGAUUUGGUUCUUUCUAAAGCUGUUGAUGCUUAUAUUAAGCACAAGAGUAACAAAGAUCAAAUGGUGUGGCUCUUACAGAAAGUAAAACGUUCAAAUACAUCUAACUUUGGAUAUAAAAACUUCCAAGAUUUCUUGGACAAUCAACAGUAUUCUAAAAAUGGUAUUCUACGUUAUGAGAAAGUGUUUGGUCGUACUUAUGUCAGUACUGGAGGUUAUGAAACCACAAAAGAGUUUGUUGAUAUGUUAAAUUUACAAGCUGGUCAACAAGUUCUAGAUGUUGGUGCUGGUAUUGGUGGUAGUGCUUUCUAUAUGGCUAAGAAUUUCAAUGUGAGGGUCAUUGCUAAUGACUUGUCUUCUAACAUGGUGUCAAUUGGAUUAGAUCGUGCGCAAGAAGAAGGCAUAACACCUGACCAGGUGGUGUUUGAAAUAGCAGACGCAACAAAGAGAGAUUAUGCUGCAGAAAGUUUUGAUGUUAUUUAUAGUCGUGAUACAAUCUUGCACAUUAAUGAUAAAUUAAGUCUCUUCAAGAGAUUCUUUAAAUGGUUGAAACCAGGAGGAAAGGUUUUGAUUACUGACUAUUGUUGUAAAGCUGGUGAACAUUCUGACGCAUUUAAAUUAUACGUUAAACAACGUGGAUACAACUUACUUAGUCCACAACAAUAUGGAGAGGUAUUAAAAGAAGCUGGUCUGGUAAAUGUAAGAGCUGAAGAUAAAUCAGAAUUAUUUACACAAGUUUUAGAGGGAGAACUGCAAAAAACAGAGAAGAUGAGAGAAGAAUUCAUUAAGGAAUUUUCAGAAGAGGAUUAUGAUUAUAUUGUUAAUGGUUGGAAAGAUAAGUUAGUAAGAGUUAGACAAGGUGAUCAAAGAUGGGGCUUAUUCUAUGCUGAAAAACCAGCCUUAUAAAACCAGUCAAAUCAUGGUGCAAUGUCUUUAAUUCUUAUAUUUUAACCAAUAACUGCGUUGUAUGUUUUAUUUCUUUAGCCAGUGUCUUUCAUGCAAAAUUUAUUGUAAGAAUGUUGAGAUAAAUUCAUAUGCAUCAUUAGGUCUUCUUUAACCAAACCAUUUUGGCCUAAUAUAUAUAGAAUUAUUCUUAAACAUUCUCUGCUAAAUUCUAUAAUAUAGCUGUACAAUGAUUUAUUCCUAAAAUAUAUUGAAAUCAUUGGCUAUAUUGUUUAUUUAUCCUGAUCAAUGUUUUAGUUCCAGUAUUUCAAUUAUGAUAAAUGAAUUUGGCAUUAUUCAUUAAUUUAAAGCGUGGUUGUAGAAAAUGCAGAAGUGCUAAUUGACUAACUUUUAAUCAAUCAAAAUGAAGAUGAAGUCAUUUACAGUGUAUGGGUAUUCUUGUUUUUGUGUAUAAACCUGUAAUUAAUCAACAAUAAUUAAGCUACCAAGCUAAAUUACUUAUGCUUUCUUGUAUUUGGCUUAAUUUUGCUUUCUUUGUAUCUUUGUGAAAUUGAAUAUCGCUGGAAAAUAUUUUUGAGAAAUUUAAUGAUCUCAUACUUACUGUAAAAUUUCCUCUUAUAAUUGAAGAAUGGAUUUACCAGAAUAAGAAAUUUUAUUAUUUUUAAGAAAGAAAAAUAGCUAAGAGACCAGGAAGCUUAGUAAAACAAUAUUUGAAUGUGCUUGUGUAUUGCCUCACUACUGAUGUACACCAGUUAACACUUCAAAUUGUGUUUUUGUUGACAAUUAUUUGUAAAAAUGCUUAAAGUGUAACAGCAAAGAUGCAGUUUGCCUUUAUCAUAUUUUGAUGUGUUGGUAAAGACAUCUUAUAGUUAGUAUUGAAACUCUUUUAUCAACCAGAGUUAUAGACAUAAAAUAGUUGCACAGAAAACUGUCAUUACACUGAGAUGUAUUGAUAUUCUGUCAAAUUGUAUUAUGUUAUAUGAAGGAGAAUGAUGGUUGAUUGUAUUAUCUUAUAUCAUGACAAUGACGGUUUAUUGUUUUUGAAGAUGUAUUAUUAUUUUUGUAGAUUAAUAUUUAAAUGAUAAGGCCUACAACAGAUAUAUAAUAUGUAUCUGCUAAUAUUUCAAACUGAAUAGUUGUUCUUUCAAAUUCUAUUUGCAGAAAAAUAAUUUCAUAGUACAAAAUAUUAUAUCCUAUUUAAUUUGCUUCCUAAAGGUUUUUUGCCCUUCAGAAAAUUAAAUCAUAUAUUUUGAACACAGUGUCAUUUCAUGCAACAUCCACAAAUAUUACAACAAUAUAUACUUGAUUUACAGACUGCACACUCCAAAUUCAAAAGGAAAUACCUUUUAAUCAUAGAACUACUCGUAAUCUCGCCAAACUUGCCGUUUUCCAAUAGGCCUACUUUGACAACAGAGGAAAGAUAAAUAAAUUGGUUAGGUCAUUUGAAAGAGAAUUUAAAAAUAUACAGAAUAUAAAUGAAGCAGAAAAAGGGAAGAUGAUUGUAAACAAGCAUAUCCCCCUUUCUUACAGUUGGAUGCUGCCUGCAGUUAGAAAAUGUUAACAAGGCAGAACAUGUGAUACCUCAUAUAAUACUCGAUAUACUCUGUUAAAACAAAUAUUCAUCGAUUUAUCUAUGGUUUUUAUUUGGAAUAAAAAGUUUUUUAAAAAUCGUGUUAUCAAAAAUGUCGUAUAUAAAUCUAUCUAGAUUUAAAUUACAUAUUUUACUUAACAAUAUACUUGUUGUUAUAAAUACAGAUGUUUGUUAAAUUGUGAAUUCCAGGAAAAAAGGGAUAUGUUUUUUUAUAUUGAUUUUAAACUAUGAAUAGAAUUAUUACCAUAUUGUAAAUUAUAAAUACAAAUGUUACAAUACAGUAUUGUUAUUUUGUUGAAUUGUGAAUUCCAGGGGGAAAAAAGUAAUAUUUUUGUUAUGUUACAGUAAUUUUAUACUAUGAAUA